GCGUGUCCCCGGGAGGGGCGGGGCCAUCCAUAAGGCGCGGCGGCGGCGGGUGCGGGCAGUCGCGGCGGGGCCAUGAACGGGGUGCGGGGCUGGUGCGCGGUGCUGGACGUGCGGCCCCACGGCGAGAGCCCGGAGAACGUGAAGGUGCUGAGGCUGACUCUGCCCAAUGACCUCCCGGGUGAUAGGCGCGAGCAGGUCACCAAGCAGAAGCCGGUGGGAAAAGCCUUCGCCAUGGUGGCCAACAGAUCCAGCAACGGUCACUCCCUGGCCUCUGAGUGCAUCAAAUCCAACGACGGUGAUGAGGAGAUCAUCAAGGUUUAUCUCAAGGCACGGGCUGAGGGCAGCAUGAACCACGAGGAGCACGUCAACCAGCUCAAGAGUGAAGUUCGUUACAUCCAAGAGGCUAGAAGUUCUUUGAAGAAGCUGCGGGAAGACUUAAGUAGUAAACUUGAGAACAGACAAGGAGAUAAACAGCACACACAGGUGGUGCUGGAAGAGCAGAACGGGAGCUGGCUGUACCCCGAGAGGCUGCAGGCUGACUCCUGGGAGCAGGAGGAGGGCGACUGCUCAGGUGAGGACGUGGAGAAGAUGCGGCAGACGGCAAAGAGGCUCUUCACCAAGCUGCAGGAGGCCGAGAAGCGCCACCAGUUGGAAAGGAAAGCCUUCGAGAGGACGGUCUCGCAGUACCAGGAGGAAGCGGAGCAGACGAGCUCUGCCCUGCGGAGAGCGGAGAGGAGCGUGGUGGAGAAGGAGGUGCAGGUGGAUGAGCUGCAGAGACUGCUGGCAGGGAUGGAGAAGGAGCACAGGACCUUGCUGCUGAAGAUGAAAGAAGGCGAAGCAGAGCUGGCGCGGCUGCGGAGCGUGGAGGGGGACAAGCUCGCCCAACAAGACCGGUCAGUGCAGCUGGAGAAGGAGGUGGCCAUGCUGCGGGAGAAGAUCCACCACCUGGAUGACAUGCUGAAGAGCCAGCAGCGCAAAGUGCGGCAGAUGAUCGAGCAGCUCCAGAACUCCAAAACGGUGAUUCAGGCCAAAGACGCCGUCAUCCAGGAGCUCAAGGAGCGAGUUGCUUACUUGGAGGCUGAGAACCUGGAGAUGCACGACCGCAUCGAGCACUUGAUCGAGAAGCAGGUGAGCCGGGGCGGGCACAGCUCCCGGGCGCGCUCCAAGUCCGAGUACGUGAGCAGCAAACGGCUGACGGGCCCCAAGCCGCUGCCUCUCAUUCGAGUAGUGGAAACAUGAGCGUCGAGAGCCGGUGCGAGCUGACGACUCUCCCCUUGUAUCGUUGACUGGAUUCCCUGCUUGUCUGCCGUCCUCUGUGCUCCCGGAGUGGCCCCGGGGAACUGUGGCAGCCGAGGACAGGCGCAGCCGGGGCGGCCCUGGCAGAGGAAGGAGGUUUGCGGAGCAUCCACACUGCUGGCCCCAAGGGCACCCGGGUGCCAGUUUGGAGCUGGGACCAGCCGGCCCUGGCGUGGAGAAGGUGGCUCUCGGCUGGGGAUCCAGGCUGCUUGCCCUGGGCAGCCCUGGGGGUGCCGGGGUUGCUCUGUGAGAGCAGCCUUUGCUUCUGAAGGGCUGUGCCAGAGCAGAGCCCUGCCUCCGCUUGGCCAGCGUGGACUCGGGGUUUAACCUGGUUUGGUUUAGAGCAAAACGAAAUUCACUCUUGACGAAAGAAGAACAAAAUCCUCCUGAAACCGGACUCCUUCCUACAGCAACGCCCAACGUGUGCCAAGCGGGGAGCCUCCACCUCCCAUCCCGGGCUGCUCCGGACUUGGCAAAGGCUCACGUGCCAAAACCUCAGUGUAUCGCCAUGCUUCUGCCACGAGCGUAGAGGAAAUGUACCCGGCGUGCGGUAGUGUUUGAACCCCGAGGCUCUUGGGUUCUUACCUGUAUUUAUUUCAAUAAAUUAUUGGUGUCUUCCAA